CUCUGUGUGGUGUGGGGAGACGCUGGUCUUCAGUGCUCUCCUAUAGCGUUUAUUGCCCCAUCCUCACCCCUUAGGGGCCGGAUCCAAAGGAACCUCUCUCCCCCACCCUUGGGGCACCAGCCAGGAAGGUUUCCUACCCUCUACUUAAGGGGCAGGACUCAUCUUUAUCCCCCACCUCUUGAGGAGGAAACUUAGGGUCUUCCCUCCCUCUCUCAGGGUCAGAAGCCAGGAAGGGCUCCCCUUCCACUUCUUCAGGGGCGGAAGCCUCUGCUGCCCCUCCCCUAGGGGCAUAGACCCUUAGCCCCCAAUAUUUAGGAGCAAGAGCUAACGGCUUUCCUUCAGCGUUGCCACUCCAGAGGCAGGACCUAGAGGGCCGUGCCUCUUCUCCCCCUCCAGGGAGCGGCUUUUUGGGGAGGAGGGAGGGGCGGAGUGGACAGGGGCCCUUCACCUUCCCUGCCCCUCUGGUUACCCUUGGCCCCUGCCUCCGGCAGCCCAGAGGUCCUCAUUUCUAGGACUUCCUUCCCACCCAUCCACUCCCUGACCUUUCCCCGUCUCCUGGCUGCAGCCAUGGAGUUACAGAAGGGGAAAGGGGCAGCAGCACCAGCUGCUUCGGGAGCAGCGGGAGGUGGAGGAGGAGCGGGAACAGGAACCCCAGGAGGGGGGAGGCUGCUACUUUCAACCAGUUUGGAUGCCAAGGAUGAGUUAGAGGAGAGAUUGGAAAGGUGUAUGAGCAUUGUGACAUCAAUGACCACCGGUGUCUCCGAGAGAGAGGCCAAUGACGCCCUCAAUGCCUACGUAUGCAAAGGUCCCCCCCAGCAUGAGGAAAUCUGCCUGGGCCUCUUCACUCUCGUCCUUACUGAACCUGCCCAAGCCCAGAAGUGUUACCGGGACUUGGCUCUGGUGAGUCGUGAUGGCAUGAAUAUUGUCCUGAAUAAAAUCAACCAGAUCCUCAUGGAGAAGUACCUGAAGUUGCAGGAUACCUGUCGUACUCAGUUGGUAUGGUUGGUGCGGGAACUGGUGAAGAGUGGGGUUCUGGGAGCCGAUGGAGUUUGCAUGACCUUCAUGAAGCAGAUUGCAGGUGGGGAUGUUACGGCAAAGAACAUCUGGUUGGCAGAGAGUGUUCUGGAUAUCCUGACGGAGCAGAGGGAAUGGGUGCUGAAGAGCAGCAUCCUCAUUGCCAUGGCUGUCUACACGUACCUCCGCCUCAUCGUGGACCACCACGGGACCGCCCAGCUCCAGGCCUUGCGGCAGAAGGAGGUGGACUUCUGCAUCUCACUGCUUCGGGAACGGUUCGUGGAAUGUUUGAUGAUUGGCCGGGACCUUGUAAGACUACUUCAGAAUGUUGCUCGGAUACCAGAAUUUGAACUGCUUUGGAAAGACAUUAUCCAUAACCCUCAGGCCUUGAGCCCCCAGUUCACAGGUAUCCUGCAGCUUCUUCAGUCAAGAACAUCACGAAAAUUCCUAGCCUGUCGUCUAACCCCAGACAUGGAGACUAAGCUCCUCUUCAUGACAUCCCGGGUACGGUUUGGUCAACAAAAGCGAUACCAAGAUUGGUUCCAGCGCCAGUACCUGUCGACCCCAGACAGUCAGUCUCUGCGCUGUGACCUCAUUCGCUACAUCUGUGGGGUUGUGCACCCAUCUAACGAAGUGCUCAGUUCAGACAUCUUGCCUCGAUGGGCCAUCAUUGGCUGGCUCCUGACAACGUGCACAUCAAAUGUCGCUGCCUCUAACGCCAAGCUGGCUUUGUUUUACGAUUGGCUGUUCUUUAGCCCCGACAAGGACAGCAUCAUGAACAUAGAGCCAGCCAUCCUGGUCAUGCAUCACUCCAUGAAGCCCCACCCAGCCAUCACUGCCACACUCCUGGACUUUAUGUGCCGAAUCAUUCCUAACUUCUAUCCGCCACUGGAGGGCCACGUGAGGCAGGGUGUCUUCUCCUCCCUCAACCACAUUGUGGAGAAACGCGUCUUGGCGCAUUUAGCUCCUCUGUUUGAUAACCCUAAAUUGGAUAAGGAGCUGCGGGCCAUGCUGAGGGAGAAGUUUCCCGAGUUCUGCAGUUCGCCCUCCCCACCUGUGGAAGUUAAAAUUGAGGAGCCAGUUUCCAUGGAGAUGGACAACCACAUGUCAGACAAGGACGAGAGUUGCUACGACCAUGCAGAGGCGGCCUUCAGUGAUGACGAGGAGGAGCUCAACAGCAAAGGAAAGAAGAGAGAGUUUCGCUUCCACCCGAUCAAGGAGACGGUCGUGGAGGAGCCCGUUGACAUCACCCCGUACCUGGACCAGCUGGAUGAGUGUCUGCGAGACAAAGUGCUCCAGCUGCAGAAGGGGAGUGAUACGGAGGCCCAGUGUGAGGUCAUGCAGGAAAUCGUGGACCAGGUCCUGGAGGAAGACUUUGACUCGGAGCAGCUGUCUGUCCUUGCCUCCUGCCUGCAGGAGCUCUUCAAGGCCCACUUCCGAGGGGAGGUGCUGCCUGAGGAGAUCACAGAAGAGUCCCUGGAGGAAUCUGUGGGGAAGCCUCUCUACCUAAUAUUUAGGAACCUGUGCCAGAUGCAGGAGGACAACAGCAGCUUCUCCCUGCUUCUGGACCUUCUCUCCGAGUUGUAUCAGAAGCAGCCCAAGAUCGGCUACCACCUGCUGUACUACCUGAGGGCCAGCAAAGCUGCUGCAGGGAAGAUGAACCUGUACGAGUCAUUUGCCCAGGCCACCCAGCUGGGCGACCUGCACACCUGCUUGAUGAUGGACAUGAAGGCCUGCCAGGAAGACGAUGUGCGGCUGCUGUGCCACCUGACGCCGUCCAUCUACACAGAGUUUCCAGACGAGACCUUGAGGAGCGGGGAGCUGCUGAACAUGAUCGUGGCUGUGAUCGACUCUGCACAGCUCCAGGAGCUCGUCUGCCAUGUGAUGAUGGGAAACCUGGUCAUGUUCCGCAAAGACUCAGUCCUCAACAUACUCAUUCAGAGCCUGGACUGGGAGACCUUUGAGCAAUACUGUGCCUGGCAGCUCUUCCUGGCCCACAACAUCCCGUUGGAGACCAUAAUCCCCAUCCUGCAGCACCUCAAGUACAAGGAGCACCCUGAGGCCCUGUCCUGCCUCCUGCUUCAGCUCCGCAGAGAGAAGCCCAGCGAGGAGAUGGUGAAGAUGGUGCUGAGCCGGCCCUGCCACCCCGACGACCAGUUCACCACCAGCAUCCUGCGGCACUGGUGCAUGAAGCACGACGAGCUCCUGGCUGAGCACAUCAAGUCCUUGCUCAUCAAGAACAACAGUCUCCCCCGCAAGAGGCAGAGCCUGAGGAGCUCCAGCAGCAAGCUGGCCCAGCUGACCUUGGAGCAGAUCCUGGAGCACCUGGACAGCCUGCGCCUCAACCUGACCAACACCAAGCAGAACUUUUUCAGCCAGACGCCCAUUCUCCAGGCUCUGCAGCACGUCCAGGCCAGCUGUGACGAAGCCCACAAGAUGAAGUUCAGUGACCUCUUCUCCCUGGCUGAGGAAUACGAGGACUCUUCCACCAAGCCACCCAAGAGCCGGCGAAAAGCAGCUCUGUCCAGCCCGCGAAGUCGAAAGAAUGCCGCCCAGCCCCCCAAUGCCGAGGAGGAGUCGGGUUCCAGCAGCGCCUCGGAGGAAGAAGACACGAAACCAAAGCCCACCAAGCGGAAACGGAAGGGGUCCUCUGCCGUGGGGUCUGACAGUGACUGA